ACAAAUAAAAUGAGUGGAGGCGUCUUUAAAGUAAGAGUUAUCCCCUUUGGUCAUUCAAUUAAUCAGUCGUCAGUCACAGGUUUUGAUAGUAUCCGUCAGAGGGCACUUUACGCUUUGAAUUUAUUUUACAAUGGUGCAGAAAGGCACUCGUGAUUGUUCUCCAUAUCUUCAGUUCCAAAACUGUAGAAUUAUUGCUGGUAAUGAUCUUAUAAGAGAGGACUUGUGGUGCCAAGAUGGAAAAAUUGUUAACCCAGAAAAAGUCUUCUUUGAUAAGAAAGUUGUUGCUGAUGAAAAAAUUGAUUGUAAAGGUGCCAUAAUUAGCGCUGGCUUUAUUGAGGCACAGAUAAACGGUGCCCAAGGUAUAGAUUUUUCACUUCAGACAGAAAAUGUUGAGCUGGGAUUGAAAAAGGUUUCAAAGAAGUUACUGGAGCAUGGAGUCACAUCCUUUUGUCCCACAAUUGUUUCCUCAACCCCUGACAAAUACCAUCAGAUUUUGCCACAUAUGAAGAAAUCGGAAGGAAGUAAAGAAGGUUCUGGAAUACUUGGAGUUCAUUUAGAAGGGCCGUUUAUCAAUGAGGAAAAAAAAGGAGCCCACUUAAAUCAGUGCAUUAGAACAUUCCACAACGGACUACAAGAUGUAUUAAAUGUUUAUGGACACCUCGACGAUGCUGCUAUCAUAACUCUAGCACCUGAGCUUGAUAAUUCAAGCCAAGUUAUCAAAGAACUCUCACAAAGAGGAAUUACAGUUUCUUUAGGUCAUUCUAUGGCCAAUCUUGUACAAGGAGAAAUUGCUGUUCAGCAUGGUGCUUCUUUCAUUACCCAUUUGUUUAAUGCCAUGAUGCCUUUCCAUCAUCGCGAUCCCCAUUUGGUAGGAUUAUUGACGAGUGAGAAAAUUCCAGAUAACCAUACCAUAUACUAUGGACUAAUAAGUGAUGGAAUUCACACACAUCCUGCAGCUUUAAGGAUUGCUCACAGAGUCCACCCCAAAGGACUUGUGAUAGUCACAGAUGCUGUUCCAGCAAUGGGACUACCUCCCGGUUUACACACAAUUGGUCCACAGAAGGUUGAAAUAAAGCACAACAGAGCUGUCCUGGCUGGCACCGAAACAUUGUGUGGAAGUAUUGCUUCAAUGGAUAAAUGUGUCAGGCAUUUCUUCAACUCAACAAAAUGCUCUGUAGUCGAGGCCUUGCAGAUGGCAUCAUUGCAUCCGGCGCAGCUGUUGAAUAUUUCAGACAAGAAAGGCUCUUUAGAUUUUGGAUCGGAUGCAGACUUCAUAAUGUUGAAUGACAAUCUUGAAGUUCAAUCUACAUACAUCGCUUCGGAACUUGUGUGGCAGAAGUCUUGAAUGAUUUUGAAGUAUUUCUUCUCUAAUUGAAUAACAAUGUUGUUUAUAACAAUAAUAUUAAAAAUAAUUUCAUUAUCAUAAUAAUAAUAAUAAUAGUAUCCAGAGAAAAUUCUUGAAGAACUUUUUUCUCGAUACUUUCUGUAGGUUUUGAUGUUCUUAUGUAACUUUGUUAAUAAAUAUUGGUUAUUUCAAUUCUUGGAAUAUAUGUCUGCUA